AUGAUCGAAGCCUAUUUUAAUGAAAAUCGGAUAAAAAGUGAAGAAAGUAAAUAUGAACACAUAUUAUCAUUUCUGGACAAACGAUUAGCUAGAAAAGUCGAAGACAUCAUAAUUAAUCCGCCGCCGGUCGACCCAUACACAAAGUUAAAAACUAAGGUAAUUAGACGGCAAUCGCUUUCGGAAGACAAAAAAAUUAGACGAUUCCUGCAACACGAAGAAUUAGGAGAACAUGAGCCAUCGCAAUUCCUAAGACAUUUAGAGUCGUUAGCCGGCACAACAAUUGAUCAAGUAUUUCUAAAAACGCUUUGGCUUCAAAAAUUGCUUACCUUCACGCAACAGGUCUUGAAAGCACAUCAAUCAAUGAGUGUUGAGGACUUAGCCGCUAUAGCCGACAGCAGCGAAGUCACCAGUGCACCUGUGGGACCGAGAUUAAACAACCUACAAACGACAUUGCAUUAUUAUCACAACGUAUUGAAGACUUCACGAAAACUAUGA